AUGGCAACUCAUCCGUCAGUGUCAUCAGUCAUUUUGGAAAAGGUGUUCAGCGAAUACUUGUCUACACUUCAGAGUCGACCAAAAUGGUUCAAGUCGUCCCAGAACUUGUCGAUCGGUGACAUGGUCAUCGUUGAAGCCCCGUCUCGACCACCAACCGAGUGGCGUCUCGACCGUGUCACAGAGGUCCAUCCCGGAUCCGAUGAUGUCGUGCGCGUCGUGUUCGUGCGCACUCAGGACGGCGUCUACAAGCGCCCGGUUGUGAAACUCGUACGGCCACCUGUCGAGCCCUGA